CGCAAUUUCUCAGUCACACUCUCUCACUCUCCCUUCUCCUUCCUCUCCAUGAUUUGCCCUAAUAAUUUCAUUCACUUCGGGGCAAAUUAAUUAUUCGGGGCAAAUUAAUUAUCUUUCUCCAAAACCCUAGAUUAAUAUCCGAUUGGGAGAUACCCCGAUUUUCUUGGAUUCUUUAAUCGGUGCAUUUCUUCGCUUUGAUUAGGAAGAAAUCGGCAUAAUUGCUGGUAUUGAUUUACUAUUUUAGGUAAAGUAAUCGCGAUUAUUGUUUGAGUGGACUCUCGGAUAUGGCGAAGGUAGCUGCGCAUAGUGCCUUAACUUCUACUUCGCAACAAAUUGGCGGGGAUGCUCUCAAAAUUGGUACAUCAGUUAAAAGGAAGACCCCUUCGGAACUUAGAGGGGAACAAUUAAAGCGGACAAAUGUUGCUGAGCAUGUUAGUAAAUCUUUGGCCCCAAGUGAGAUGGAGAAUGGACUCAAAAAAGCAGAUCCGCAGAGAAAUCCAAAAUAUAUUGACAUCCGUAUGGAUGAAGUAUUUCCUGCCAAGAAACCGAGAUUCAAGCUGCCUUCAGGAAAAGAAAAUGCCAAGGAAAAUAGUUCAAUUGAGCAAACUAGCAGCCUAAAGAAAAUCUCUGCUUUUUCAAAUUUGGCUGCCAAGAGAAGGCAACAGCUUUCAUGUCCAGAGGGUUCUGUUGCUUCUGUUGAUGUUCCAAAAGAUGAUGUGCCCCAUCGAACACUUGAAAAAUGCAAUCAGGGUACAUUUCUCAGUGUUACCGAGCUUUCAACAGGGGGCCAAAAGUUAUCAGGCUUGGCAGCUGUUGACAUGGAUAAAGCAUUGAAAGGACUAGCUGCUUGUGAAGCAAUCCCGAAUAUACCUCCUGAGUCUUCUGAAAGAUUUGAUGAUAUUUCAUCAGGGAACUUCUGCUCUGAUUUCCAUGUCACAGGACAGAAGAUUCCUCUGGAUUUUACUUUGAAAACUUAUGCACAAUUGGUGUCCUCCUCCCCAGUGAAUUGGUUACAUAGGUCAAUGAUGUGUGGUACAUAUAAUGGUAUGCCUCAAUUUACCUCACAUUCUGGUUCUUCCAAGGGAAAAAGUAUUUGCAGUGCUUCUCAGACCAGGCUGGCUUCCCAAGUGUUGAAUUCUAAUGCAUUACAUUCUUGGAUUUAUCCUCAAUCUACCAUACCACCUUCUCUCAUUUCAGUAUUGAUGUCAGUAGCAGCAGAUGGAGUUGAAAUGGAUUUCUUAAGAAAACGACUUGGGGCAUGGGAGGAAUCAUUUCGAAGUCUCUACUAUAUGUUUCGGGAGAAUGCUUGUUGCAUAUUUUAUGUGUGUACUUCACAUUUUGUGGUGAUGUUUGCUGCUGCUGAUGGCUCGGGAAGAAGUAGAUCAUACCAUGCUUAUAUCUCUCAGUCAACUAGAGGUUUGAGGUCAUCACUAAAGGAGCAAGAUGUUUCUUUUUCUAUGCCUCUUUGCCAUUCUUAUGUAGAACACGUCACCACUGAGGAUCUCUUAGAGCUUUCAGAAAUUGAAAAGCAUAAUCUGGGUCAGACUCGACGCAUGAAUUCCUUCUCUGAUGUUGAUAAUACUCCACAGUCUUUGCUGGCUUUCAGUGGAAAGGAGAAUGUACAUGGUUUGUAUGAGAUUUUGUUAAAUUAUCGAUCUUUCUUGACUUUUUUGAAUACCGCGGAUGUUCCUCUAUUAUAUUCGCCUGUGCCAUUUCAACAUGCUGCUCUUUCUGUCCCUGAGGUUAGAUGCAUGGAGAUAAAAAGACCUGAUCGUGGUACUGCUCUUCCCCAUGGAUCAAUCUUGAAAGACAGUUGCUCCAUGCCAAAUUCAUCUGCUGGUCUUUGCUAUAGCAUUGAAAUCAAGGAUUCAUACAUUCCCCCUUGGAUUAUCAGCAACAUGUGUGCUCAAAUGGUCUCUAAAGGACAAAGCUUUGAAGCAAGCUUUACAACGGAGCAUACCUCAGUUGGGUUAAAUAUUGGAGUGGGGGCAGUUUGUGAAAUUGGUGAUAGUAGUGAAGCCACUCAAGAAACAAUAGGGUAUGCUUUUGAUAUUCCUGGAGUUAUGGUUUCCCCUCAUUUGAAUUCAGGUUUAGUAAAGGGGUUGAAAUACUGCAAUGAUGCAUAUAUAGUGUCUCUAACCCCUCUAUGAUAUAAUCUUGAUACUCAAUCAUCUCCACACCCAAAAAAACUAUAUUAAUGCCUUUAUAUAUGUAUUCUUAUUUGAUUGACUAUAAUUUUAUUGAUGCCUUUAUUACAUUUGUUGAGGUUGAAUCCUUCUUUCAUUAA